AUGCGCAAGGAUGGUGUAGCGGUGACACCACAGACGCUUCAAAUGGCAAUCGACCUCGGCAUCGACGAAGACAUAACAGGUCAGGACACUCAAGGCGACGGUGAGGCAGCCCUGGCAGCGUUUUCAGCGCGUUUACAAUCGAUUAUGGAGCGCGAAUGCAUCGACAUGGUGUACAACGCCGACCAGACUGGGGUAAACUAUGAGUACUUGCCAGCCAAGACCAUACAUGCCCGCGGUGAGAACACAGAGUGGAUCAAGUGUGGUUGGAAGACCAAAGGCCGGGCAACUGCAAUGCUCGUAGCAGACUGUACGGGCAAGAAGUAUCCACUGUUCAUCGUGCUAAAGACGGGCGCCUCGAAGAUCAAGGAUGUGAAUUCCUCCAUUUCAGUGGAUUUUCUCAAGUUUCACUUUGCAGACAGAAUGGACCGUCCUGCAAAGUUCAUGUGGGACGACUUUUCCACCCAUUUCACUGUUGAGGUCGUUUCAUGUGCUGAAGACCUGAACGUUGUGCUGAGUAGGCGAGACUAA